CCUCUAGCUGUGGAGAUGCUGACGGAAGAUCUGCCCGCCCUGUUGCAAAACCUUCUGGUCGGCAUCGAGCGGGCGAUCAGCCGCGUCCCGCUGGAAGACCUAUCCUUUCCCACCGCGGACGGUGGUUCGACGCUUCCGGCUGCCGUCACCGAACCGCACCACACACUCCACGAUCCGGACGAGAACGGUGGUGAGGUGUGCGAAACUGGCCGAAUCGGCGGGCAGCAGCAACACACCGGCAGCGCACCGGGCACACCCAAGCUCGGGCUGCUGAAGCGUCGCGAACUGAUCACCAAAAACAACAAGCUGCUAAUCAACAGCAAGUACACGCAGCUGAAGCGACAACCGCUGGCGACCGUCGUUUCCGGUGCGAACCUGUCAACGGUUGCCGGCAGCAGGCCAGUGCCGGGGGCGACCGGCGGCAAUCAAAACGGUCAGCACGCCAUCGGUGGCAAAAGUGAAAAUGCACCGCAGAUUGGCAGCAAUCAGUGUAAUGAUGGUCUAAGCGUAACCAUCUGUGACACCGGCGGGGAUGAGGGCGGUGGUGGCCAAGAAGGAGAUAAUCAGCAAUCAACAGCCAUCGAAGUUGGUUCGGUGGCUGCGGCAGCCGCAGCGGCAGGGAUGCCACUAUUCUGUCUAGGCGGUUCCUUUCCACACAUCGACAGUGACGAGGAGAGCAGUGACGAGCAAAAGAAGUGCGAAACAGCACCUCAUCUACCGCACGAGAUCGUUGCCCCCCGAUCGAUCCGCGAGCUACCGGAGAAACUAUUGACAUCAGGAAUUUCAAUACCAGGAACGCACGAUCGCUCCAGCUCACCGAUCAUCUACAUCGAGGUGGAGAAAACGCUCGCAUCAGGCUUGAACUGUUACGAAAUUGCAACAGUGCUACUGUACUACAAUACCCUACCGAUCCAAAGACCCGCCCAUUACACACUGCAUCUGCUGGUCAACGAAAGUGCACAGCUUGCCUUUCUCGACACGAUCGAGAGCACGCUGCAGCUGCUCGACGGUCACCUGAAGCUGUCCGCCGUCUUCGUGUCCGGUGCGUACGAUGCAGCGGAACAGCAGGCCGGUUUGAAGCAACCGAAGGAAUAUCUCCGGCCGGGCAGCGUGCGCGUACGCUAUCUGAACAACGAAACGAUCAAGAACUUUAUCAGCACGGACAAUCUUCCGAUCCAGUGCUGCGGCUUCUACGUGCACAAUCAGCGCGAGUGGGUUGAUUUCUUCCAGCUGCUGGAAUCGCUGCAGCAGCAGUGCGUUGAAACGGGCCGUCGGUUGGUGGCCGUGCUGGGCGAUCUGCGCGCCAUGGAGGCACAGCAGCACCAGUCCGGCCAGCCAGCGAACCAGCAGCAGCCCGGGCUGGCGACGACACGCCGCCAGCUCCAUUCGCAGCACCGGGCGCUUAGUCGGGCGUUGAUGGACUCGGAGCUGCAGAGUUUGCGCCGCAAAGGGCCGAACACCAUACAGCGGUUGCAGGACAAGCUGACGGUUAUCAACAACAGACAAACGCUUAAACAAACCAAAAAUUUAGUUAGAGCCUUUAGUGUAGAUAGUAGCGUGCGUAGCGUUAACGGAGCUAGUAUUACCGGCCACGGGCCCGAAUCGAACCGGGGCGAACUCGAGCAGGACAUUAUCAAUGGGCGGCUGGCGGAGGUGAUCGGCAUCUACGGUGAGGUGGAUCGGGCCGCACGCAAGCUGGAGCAGCUGACCGAACAACGCCGCGAGCGACUGCGGGAGAUGACGCGCCAGCGAGCCCUGGACGAUGAGAUCAAUGAGGUCAUCUGCUGGAUGCGCAACGAAGGUGAACAAUCGCUCCGCACGUACAGCGAACCGAGUGCCCUGGAGUGCCCCGACACGGCCAAGGACUGUGAGGCGCAGUUCGAGCAGUUCUACUACACCGCCCGGAAGCAUGUCAGCAAGGGGCGGGAUCUGUGCGAUGCAUCCGGCGAGCUGGAAAUUAUGCGCGACAACCUCAAGCUGCUGAAGGACUGCGUGGAUGAAUUCCAGGAACGGCUGGAGCGGGUGCGCGAGCGGAUUGAAGGUGCGGCCCGGCUACACACCCUGCUCGGCAUGCAGCAGCUCAAGCUGGACGAUGACAUCCGCACGGAGAUGCUAAAGCUGGCGGAGAAGAUUGAAGCUCCGGUGCGGUUGAUAGAACGCUGCAAACGUUUGGUACCGACGGCGCACAGUGAACCGCACGACCACAGCACCACUUCAGCUGGACAUAAUGGGGACGGUUCCGCGGACGAGCAGUCCAACGGCCACAGCGUCCAUAACCAACAAUUCCUCAACCACCAGAACCACAGCAACAACACAAACAGUACUACCAGUGAUAAUAUAAGUUUAGAUAUAAGCAUGUCGGAUGAUACGAUCACCGCUACCAGCACGCCGGAAAAGGGCAAGUUUGGUCCGCCGCCACCGCCGCCACCUCUACAGCAGUCACUGCCAACACUCGCCGAGCAGACCCCAGCAGAACCACAUCACGACCACAGCCGGGAGGGUCAGGGAACGACGGUUAGACACCAGAGAAGUCAUCAUCACCAUAGUCACCACCAUCACCACCAUCACCAGCGGCACGAGGAAGAGGACGAGGAGCUAUCCAAGAUGGCCGACUCGGGGCUUGGUGGGUGCGAUCGUUGUGAAGGAAACAGCAAGCUGGAAAGGACCUGUUCCUGUCAGAGUUUUGAUGAUCCGAAGAAUGUGUGCAACAACAGUGACGAUCUGGACGAGGAUUGCUUCGAAGGCAUCUCCAAGCCACCGCUGGAUCUGCAAAUCCCGCUACAGGCGAAUGCACAUCUGUACUGUCAUGCCUCGAACCUGCAGCUAGACUACGAAGAGAACAAUCCAUUUGACCAGAAGACGCAAAAGACGCUUCUAUUGAUCAUGCGCGAAAUGAUUGGCACAGAACGCGACUACGUCCGCUCGCUGCAGUACGUGAUCGAGAACUACACGCAGGAGCUGUUGCGCGAGGACAUACCGCAGGCAUUGCGCGGCCAACGGAACGUCAUCUUCGGCAACAUCGAGCGUAUCUGCGAGUUUCACCGGCAGCAUUUUCUUAGCGAGCUGGAAAGCUGCGAACAUCACCCGCUGAAGGUCGGGACCGCAUUCUUGCGGCACGAGUCCAAGUUCUAUCUGUACGCGCUGUACAACAAGAACAAACCGAAAAGCGACUCGCUGAUGAGCGAAAACGGUACCCAGUUCUUUAAGGCGAAACAGAUCGAGCUGAACGACAAGAUGGAUCUGGCCUCGUACCUGUUGAAACCGGUGCAGCGGAUGGGCAAGUACGCACUGCUACUGCAGCAGCUAAUGAAGGCGUGCGCUGACGUGCAACACACGAACAGUAAUCCGGAGAUACUGGAAGACUUGGAGAUGUUACAGAAGGCGGAAGAGAUGGUACGCUUCCAGCUGCGCCACGGUAACGAUCUGCUGGCGAUGGACAGCUUGCGUGAUUGUGACGUGAACGUGAAGGAGCAGGGACGUCUACUGCGCCAGAACGAGUUUCUCGUGUGGGAGGGUAAGGCGGGCAAGAAGUCACUCCGGCAGGUGUUCCUGUUCGAGGAGUUGGUACUGUUUAGCAAAGCGAGAAGAUUCCCGGAUCGGAAGAACUUGGACAUCUACAUCUACAAAAACAGUAUCAAAACGUCCGACAUUGGACUGACGGCACACGUUGGCGAUUCGCCGUACCGGUUUGAGAUUUGGUUCCGGAAGCGCAAACCCGGCGACACCUGGACACUGCAGACGAUGAGCGAGGACGUGAAGAAUGCCUGGACGGAGGAGAUCUCGAAGCUACUGUGGAAGCAGGCGAAGCGUAACCGGGAGAUUCGGCUGGCCGAGAUGUCAUCCAUGGGUAUCGGCAGCAAACCGUGUCUAGACAUUCGUCCGAGCCAAGAUCAAAUCAACGAUCGGUCCAUCAGUAUCUCGCAGCUUGGCAAGGCACCGAAACUGCGCCACUCCUUCAUGGGUACGCUACCGGAGUCAAAGUCCAACAAACGACCUCAGUCGAUCAUUUCCGUCAGCUCAUCCUCCUCGGGCAGCUCGUCGGUCAGCACCGGUACGAGUUCGACAACCAGUGGCUGCGAGGCAACGACGGUUAGUGUCAGUGGCAACAGCAGCAACAGCUCGUCCGGAUCGUCCUCCGCCGCUAGCAAUAGUGGCAGUAGCAGCAGUAGUAGUAGCAGCAGUGCCAGCAGUACCACCACAACCAGCAUCACCACGUGCAAGCGGCUAACGCUCAGCAUUACCGACCCGAAUGCUCCAGCACCGCUCAAGACGGGCUACAAGAAGCAUCAGCGAUCAACGACUCUCGUGAGCCAAUGUUCUAUGGAGAGUGGCAUCAUAGCUGAUAUUUCGCUCAGCCCGGACGAGGUACUGGACAAUCCGCACUGGCCACACCACCACCAUCACCAUCACCACCAUAGUAACCAUCAUCUACCAAAGCAUACCAACCUGAAGAAGACUCACAGUCUGGCAUCGUCGACGCUCAGCACAGCUGGUCCCAUUUCACUGCCCUCCUCCAUACCCUCACCCGCCGGUGCGUUGGAGGACGCCAGCAAACAGGAAGACAGCAAACCGGACAGCAUGUCGUCCACGGUCGAAACGACCGACCACCAUACCAUAACCGUUCAUCUUUAA